GUUGUUACAACUGUUAAUAUGAAAGAAGGAUACUACCCAAUAGAUGGAUGUAUUAAAGAAGAUUCUUUUAUGGAAAAUUUGCAUCCUAAAACGAUAAAGAAUUGUUCUCCAAACUGUAAAAAGCCAGUUGAUCAGCUAACUGUUGGUUUAGAACAUUCAACCUCCAUUCACAGGACUGUUUCAAGCUCAUCAGCUGUGAUGUCGGAGACUAAAACUACAGAAGAAAUUGAUGAAGCAUUGAAGAUAGCAGGCUAUAAUUUUGAACAAUUAAAUAUUUCUGUAAAAAUGCUUGAACGCAUAGAGAAUCAAACAAAAGAGGAGACACAUAAUCUUAUAGAAGUUGUGGAGAAACAAUUUGAUAAACUUGUUGCUUCUCUUGAUUCCAGGAAAAAGAACUGGUGUGAAGAACUUGUAAGAAGUACAGAUGAUUAUUUAUCAAAUUUAAUAAUGGCUAAAAGCUACAUUGAAGAGAAAAAAAAUGAUUUGGAUGCAGCUAUGAAGAUAGCAAAAGAGUUAAAAUCAGCACCUUCUCUGAGGACAUACUGUGACCUGAAUCAGAUUAUCCGGACUUUGAAGUUAACAUCUGAGAGUGAAUUGUCACAAGUUAGUUCUUUAAAACCAAGGAACCCUCCCAGGUUGAAUAUGAAUUGUAGUGAGAUUAUGUGCAUGUUCAACAAUAUGGGAAAGUUUGACUUUGAGGACUCAACAAAAUAUUAUCCCCAAGAAAAUGAAGUUGGACAGAGUGUUCAAAAGAAAUAUAAUAGUAAAAAGGAACUUUCUUAUGUUACAUACUCAUCACUAGAAAACAAAAAGAUUGAUGUGUCUGUCCUAACCAGUGAAGUGCCAGCACCUCCUUUACAACUGGAGACCAGUGGUGUCCAUUCAGAAGAGAUUGUCCAGCCACAGAAAGAGGUCAUUGCAGUCACAUCCUCUAAAACCAUUGCUGUGCUCCCUCAAAUGGGAUCUAGUCCUGAUGUGAUAAUUGAAGAAAUUAUUGAAGAAAACCCAGAACCUUGCUUCACAGAUGAUCUUACGGAGACUCCUAGAUAUCCCAAAAAACCUCUUCAGAAAGAGUCAACUGUUUCUUUUGGAUCAAAAACAGGUUGUCCAGAGCUAGUUUUUGUAAGCCAUGUAAUACAUCCUUGCCACUUCUAUAUUCGAAAAUAUUCACAAAUAAAAGAUGCAACAGUAUUGGAGAAGAAGGUGAAUCAAAUUUGCAAUAAGAAUUUACAUCUUGAUCCUUCAGACAUUUUGGAGCUAGGUGCAAGAAUAUUUGUCAACAGUAUUGAAAAUGGAAUGUGGUGUCGAGGAACUAUCACUGAAUUAAUUCCGAUAGAAAGUAAAAAUAUUAGAAAACCCUGUAGUCCAACCAAAUUCUCAGUUCGUGAAGUUGCAUUAAUACAAAUAUUCAUGGUAGAUUUUGGAAAUUCUGAAGUCCUAAUCGUCACAGGAGUUGGUGAUACCCACAUAAGACCAGAACACAUUGCUGAGCAGCAUGUUGUACUAAAUGAUUUAUGUCCGGUUCUGAGGAAGUCUGAACCAUAUAUUGAAGGGCUGGUGAAAGAUAUCCCACCAUUAGCAUACCCAUGCUCCUUAAAAGACAUUGUUCCACAUAAUUCAAGUGAAGGCUGGGAAGAGGAAGCUAAACUGGAAUUUUUGAAAAUGGUGAAUAACAAGGCUGUUUUAAUGAAAGUUUUUAGAGAAGAAAAUGGUGUGCUUAUUGUAGAUCUGCAGAAACCACCAACAAAUAAAAUAAGCAGUGAUAUGCCUGUGUCUCUCAGAGAUGCAUUAGUUUUUAUGGAACUAGCACGAUUUAGGUCACAAUCACCAAGAAGUCACACUGAAGAAAAUAUGGCUUUACGCUAUCAUCCACCUAUUUUGCCUAAAGAAAUGACAGAUGUUUCAGUUAUGGUUUGUCAUAUAAAUAGUCCUACUGAUUUCUACCUUCAGUUGAUAGAAAACCUGGAUUUUUUAUUUCUUUUAAAAACCAUUGAGGAAUUCUACAAAAGUGACGAUGGAGAAAAUCUGGAAAUUGUCUGUCCAGUUCAAGAUCAAGCAUGUGUAGCUAAAUUUGAAGAUGGAGUUUGGUACCGAGCUAAAGUCACUGGAUUGCCUGGCCGUCGGGAAGUUGAAGUUAAAUAUGUGGACUUUGGUAAUACUGCAAAAAUAACACUUAAGGAAAUGCGUAAAAUAAAAGAUGAGUUUCUGAAUCACCCAGAGAAGGCAAUUAAAUGUAAACUGGCACGUAUUGAGCCAUGUAAAAAGAUGACGCAGUGGUCCAAAAAAGCUAAAGAAAAAUUUGAAGAAAAGGCUCAAGAUAAAUUUAUGACAUGUUCAGUUAUUAAAAUUUUAGAAGAUAAUGUGCUCUUAGUUGAGCUUUUUGAUUCUUUUGCUGCUCCUGGAAUGACUCCUACUAGUAUUAAUGACCAGCUUGUGAAAGAAGGCUUAGCAUCUUAUGAAGUAGGAUAUACCCUCAAAGAUAAUUCUAAAAAGCAUAUAGAAGUAUGGGAUCCUUCUCCAGAAGAAAUUAUUUCAAAUGAAGUAAACAACUUAAGUCCUAUGUCUGUAAAAUCUCUACCUAAUGAGAAUUUCCAGUCACUUUAUAAUAAGGAAUUGCCUGUGCAUAUCUGUAAUGUAAUAUCUCCUGAGAAGAUUUAUGUUCAGUGGUUGUUAACAGAAAACUUACUUAAUAGUUUAGAAGAAAAGAUGAUAACUGCUUAUGAAAACAAAGAAUGGGAACCUAUUAAAUGGGAAAAUGAUAUGCACUGUGCUGUUAAGGUCCCAGAUAAAAAUCAGUGGCGAAGAGGCCAGAUCAUCAGGAUGAUCACAGACACACUAGUAGAGGUAUUGCUGUAUGACGUGGGUGUUGAACUAGUAGUGAAUAUUAACUGUUUAAGAGAACUUCAAGAAAAUCUAAAGACAAUGGGAAGAUUAUCUUUGGAAUGCUCUCUUGUCGAUAUAAGACCAACUGGUGGGAGUGACAAGUGGACAGCAACAGCUUGUGACUGUCUUUCAUUGUACCUCACUGGAGCGAUAGCAACCAUAACUUUACAGGAAAGCAACACAACAUGGCCAUUACCUGUGAAAAUUUUCUGCAGAGAUGAAAAAGGAGAGCGUGUCGAUGUUUCUAAAUAUCUGAUUAAAAAAGGUUUGGCUUUGAGAGAAAGAAGAAUUAAUAAAUCAAAUAACAGCCAUUCAUCUGAGAAGUCUCUGCAGAUCCCCCUGGGACAAGAAGAUUUAAUAGUUACCACUAAGUGUAUUAAAAUUAACUUUGACUCUGAGAAAAAAGCUACUGAUUCAAUCAGUGAACACAAGGUAUCUGAAUUUAAGGAGCAGAUUUCAGAGCCAAGAGCCAUUGGGUGCUAUAAACCACCAGUUAUUCCUAAUAUGAAAGUAUUUGAGGCAGUAGUCAGCUGCAUUGGUGAUGAUGGAACUAUAUUCAUAAUACCUAAAUUAUCAGAAUUUGAGCUGGUAAAAAUGAUGAAUGAAAUUCAAAGUAAUUUAAAAUACCUUGGUCUUUUGGAACCUUAUUUCUGGAAAAAGGGAGAACCCUGUGCAGUGAGAGGAUCAGAUACAAUGUGGUAUCGAGGCAAAGUAAUGGAAGUUGUAGGUGGCACUAUCAGGGUACAAUAUUUAGAUCAUGGAUUCACUGAGAAAAUUCCACAGUGUCAUCUUUACCCUAUUUUACUAUAUCCUGAUACACCACAGUUUUGUAUUCCUUGUCAGCUGUAUCAUACUAUACCAGUUGGGAAUGUCUGGCAGCCAGAUGCAAUAGAGCUUCUUCAGGAGCUGCUUUCAAAGAGAGAGGUGGAUGUUCACAUUAUGGAAUUGCCUGAAAAUCCAUGGGGGAAAUUGUCUGUUCAUCUCUAUUUUGAUGGAAUGUCACUUUCCUAUUUUAUGACACACCAUAAAUACUGCACUUUUGAACACUGUGAAGAGAUAUUUAAAGAAAAACCAGCAGAUUACGAUAAAAAGUAUGAGGAAGAAAGUUGGGAAAUAAAAUUCGAGGAAUUGCUUUUGUCUGAAACGGAGACUCCUAUUUUACCACUAUAUUUGUCUUCAUCUCUACCUCCCCCAGAAGAACUGUAUGCUGUUCAAGUGAAACACGUUGUCUCACCUAACGAAGUGUACAUUUGCCUUGAUUCUGUAGAAAACUGUAGUCAGUGUAACCAUCAUAGUAACACAGAUGACAUCACCUGGGAAUCGGAAUCCGAGAGUCUUGAAGAAGCACUGCAGAGGUUUAAUAAGAAUGUAGAGACAUUCCCUCCUCUGACAGAUUUUAGAACAGAAAUGCCUUGCCUUGCAGAAUAUGCUGAUGGCUUAUGGUAUAGAGCAAAGAUUGUAUCCAUUAAAGAGUUUAAUCCUUUAUCUCUCCUGGUACAGUUUGUUGAUUAUGGAUCAACUGAAAAGCUGACAGUAAACAGACUGCGUCAAAUUCCUCUUCAUCUUAUGCAGUACCCAGCCCGAGCCAUAAAGGUUCUCUUGGCUGGUUUUAAACCUCCUAUAAGAGACUCAGGAAAGACAAGAAUACCAUAUUGUCCCAAGUGGAGCAUGGAGGCAUUGUGGGCCAUGAUAGAUUGUCUUCAAGGAAAACAGCUCUAUGCUUCCUCCAUGGCUCAGGCACCAGAACAAAUAGUGACAUUAUAUGAAGAUGAACAGUAUCCAGUUCAUAUGUCAUUAGUAGAAAUGGGGCUGGCAGACAGAGAUGAAUGA